AUGCCUAACGCAGACAAAAAAAGCUCUAACAAUUUUUCAGUAAGUCACAUGAACGUUUUAGAUCUAAAGCAAACGUUUGGCUUUUAAAAAGUACAUGUUUAUUAAUUUUCGAAUCUCUAUGGAUGUGCAUAUAUACACAUAAGUAUGUAGUUAUAAAUAUAUUUAUAACUACCGACAUAGGCAGCGUCUCCUUUUUCACAUACAGCGACCACUAUGUGCAUGUCCGGACUUGCAUACAAAAAUUCCUCAUUUAAGAUGUGCAAUUUCAUGAAUAAAAAGCAUAGUACUAAUGAAAAACAAACUAACCUGAUGGCGGAAUACAUGUGUAUUCUUAAAAUGCAUAUUGAAAACCCAGAAACCUGAAAAGAAACCCGCAUAAGUGCGAGUGUACUGGUUUGCGUCUUAUUACUUUGUUACAAAAAUCGAAGGUAUAUCAAAAAUGGAUGAUGUUUGCAUAAGCUAGUCAAGCCGACUCUACUCUUCUGUGCAAUUACAAGAUAUAUAUCUCACAUUCAGACAUGUUUGAAUGUGAAUACAGUAUAUAAAGCACGAAUCUACGAGUGUUGAAAUGGCUCACUUGUUAUUCAUUUCCACAAAUUCUGUUGUGUUGGAUACAAAGAAGCACUUUCAAGAGCUCAGACAGGUAAUUCUAGUGUAAAUCAAGCCUUGCUUGCUUACCCAUUGACAUCAGACCAUUUGAGUCGACGUAGCUGACCGUCAGGAGGUUUAUCCAUUGACAAGUCCGAAAAAGUAGAAAGUUCUGUCUAAGAAAGAAACAAAUACAGUAAGCCUUAACGGAAUUAAUAGCAAUUACCAUCUUCUAAAGGGUAAUUCUACAGUCUUUUACUGUAAAAACACUUAUUCCAUUCCUUUGGUGUUUGAUUAUGCAUUUUUAUGCCAAGAUCACCGGUAAACAUAAUUGUUAGCGAAGCCACAGUUUCAAGUAGAUAAUAAAACAAAUUUAAAGAAUGAUCCUCAGAUCGCCGCCUUGGCAGGCAUGAGUCCUUUAAAGCAAAGUCUCUGAACACAUUUAACUGAUCGUAUAAAUUGUGGCAUUUCCGAUGGAAUAGUAGAUCUGAUUGCUGUUUGAUUGCAAAGCAACCAAGUAGUCCCAGCGGCUGAAUGAGCGCUGAUCAUAUUUCCAGAGUUCACAGGGGUUGGACUAACAGAUGCGUUUUAUCAAGUUAGUAAAAUUGGACACUACAUAUGAACGAUGAUGCGUAUUUUCAUGUUAAAAACGGUAAGUUUCAGUUGAAACAAACGUCAGUGACUCACCCUUACGGCUUAGUACCAGUUGAUACUCGGCGCAAAUCAAGCUGAAACGAUCGGAGGCAAGUGUAGGUGCUCUGGCUAACAAGGCUAAAAACCCCAUCUACGCAUGUUUUUUUGACCCGAUUCAUAACUGUACACGUGUUUAGAAUCGUUAUAGCGGUUUUUAAUCUCCUGCAAUUGUAAGUACCAUAGAGGACACACGAAGAAUAAACCAACAUAGCCCUGACACUUAUUGCGCAGGAAAACUGAGUUGCCCAGUCAGUGCGCAGUCAACCAAGUUCUAAAGACUUCAUGCUCGUUAGAGUUAUAAUAAUCAGGUGUGCGAUAAGUAAUAUUUUGAGGAAACCUCUGCUUGCAUAACUGGCCCAUUGGACUUUUUCGAGAGACAGUUAGUGAAGGAGCGGUGACUGGAGUAGCAUAGGGCCUCUGCAUAUAGAAUGCAGUGCAUCUUCGUGGAUAUUACGCAAUCCGACAAACAACGCAGUAUGAUUGUUGUAAUUGAUGGGCAGCCCUGACAUGUGCAAAUACGAUUACAAAGCUUUUUACCCGAAAAAUGAUGCAGAGACUGGUCCUAAUUUCUUGAUACUCUUCAUGCCGUCCAUGAGCUGCAAAAGCCCGAGAAAUGGUCCUGUAGUUUCUACUGAGUCCAUAUUGACUCUCAGUAGACGUCGUUGUAGACUCGGAUGAUUAAGUAAGACUUAGAAAAAUAGGUUACUGACGGGAUUGGGGGACAAGAUUAUUUGGAAGUUGUCGAAUACUGAUCGAUCUGCUUUAUGUUUGUAUAAAAGAACAGUAGUUGCAGCCUUGGAUAUUUGUUAGGGGUCACUGUGUUUUAUAUUUCGACCGAAAUUCAGCCCAUGCCUUGAGAUAUUCUAUUGGGCAUCUGCUGUACCGUUUCAAUUCUUUCCUGUAGAGAAAUUUAGUGAUCAGGGUCAGCUUAAGUCAUAACAUAAGAAAAUAUAGGGAUGGCUUCCUCACAAAUUUUAGAAGUCGCAGUUGAAGUCGCAGCAUAAUUGUUCGGUUCAACGUCUCAAAAAGUUGCGAUUUCCCGUCAGUAGAGGUAUUUCAUCUGAACUGCGCAGCGAGGCGUUUUCGGUGUGUCUGGGUCGGAGGCUGCAUUGCAUAAUGGUCUGUACAUCCUUGAAUUUAGUCCACCUCGGGAGCCCACCAAUUGCCUCUUAUUUUCAAUAAUCUCUGCUCCAGAUUUGAAGAAGACACGAUCGCCGGAACAAGAGCUUUAUUAACCUGACGUUUCGGAUUCCCGCUCGAAUCCAUCAUCAGAGACAACGGCAGAUAAGGGUGGUUCAUGCAUAUGCGUCUGCAGUGUUUAUAGGAUGCAGUAGCCAUGCUACCGCAUACCUAUGAAUAUUCACGGCUCCCCCCCUUCAUCAUGGAUUGCUGCACGUGGCAUGAUGACCGACAUUCGCGUCGUUAAUUGCUGCACUUUCAUCACGUGCGUUGGAUGUUGUUGUGAUGAUUGCUCUACCAUCUGACACGCUGACCUGGGUGUUGGGAAGAGUGUUCACCAAUGCGCUCCCCGCGUGGCCAGUUACUCCGCCUAGACGAAGUCUCAGAACGGAGUAUUGAAUGGGAAGAUCAUUGCACUUGCUAAUAGACUGGGGGCCAGUAAACCAUGACUUAAGCAGCUCCCGGCUCACGCGGUUGUCACCUCUUGCGAGAAUUUCCGCCUCGUGAAAUUGCAGUCACAUAUGCAUGAACCACCCUUAUCAGCUUUUGUCUCUGAUGAUGGAUUCCAGCAGGAAUCCGAAACGUCAGGCUAAUAAAGCUCUUGUCACGACGAUCGUGUCUUCUUCCUCAAGACUGCUUCCUGGGACUCGUCUCCUCGCUUCUAUUGGCAAUCUCUGCUCCAGUCGAUAACAGCCUUGCAGGCGAGACCUCUCUAAUAGGAGGAAUAGGACGAAGAAAUGCGAGUUAGCUUGCCUUUGGCGUCCAUAAGUGAGGGUUAUCUUCUAAACGGCGUGAUUAUCAACACUUUUGGAAAGCUUUUUCCUGCUUCCCGGUAUGCAGUGCCCUUCUGAAUAGGUUUGUUAAACCAUCCACUCUGAGUCACAAGAGUAUUUGAGUGGUAAAAAUAUUCGCAUUAGCAUUGGCCACCGUCGAGUCAACAUCAAACACUCUUCUCAAAACCCUUGGAGUUAUGCAUUGAGAAAUGAAGUGAGGUUCGAGGGCUCAUUGCGACUGGACUCAAGGUUCUUGUCUGCACGUGCACAAAAUCUUUGGUUAAUUUUUACCGACCGGAUCACUUUGUUGUUUUGAGGAAGUAUCGUCUUCUACGUCCACCUGCUUUAGUCCACAAUUCGACUCGAUUACCUGAGUGCGGGAUUUGCACAGGAUAGAGCUUCGUGAAGCCAUAGAUGAAGGGAGAGCGCCAGUUACGGACGGAAUGGAGCAACCACCACGUUCACGCUUGGUCGUUGGUCAGUCGCACACAUCUGGGAUCAUGCAGAGCCUUCGAAAAGACGGGGUAGAAUGCUUAGUGACGGGAAGUUGUAAGGCUUGUUGAAUUAACAUCAUUAUCCACGUGAUAAGUUAUAAAUCUGGUGCCGGUGGCGUUGUGUAAAUAACAUCUCGAUGACACAGCACACUCCAUUGGUUUUCUUCCAAUUACUUUGCAGAGCGGAAAGCCAGCAUAUUAAUAUUUGUUGUGAGCGUCUGGCUAGUUGCGCGACCUCUCAUCACUUUUCAGCAAACGCCGAAAACAUCUCCACUGGUUUUAGAUCACCUGCGUUCUCCUUCUUCGCAUAGUGUGGGCCGAAGUCAUGCAAAAGGCCAACGUUUCGACAUCGAAACAAAUCUUUAUCAAUGCGCCGUCGGCAUAAUGCCUGUUGGCAUUAAUAAAGAAGUCUGCGACUCUCGUCAUCAGAGAAGAGUCUAGACCCUAAAACUACUGCUCUUUUCAUCAAGCCCACACAGUGCUUAAUACAUUAGAUUAAACAGUGAACCGGGGUUAGCAUAGGCUGCACAACUUUAUGCUGGAGAAAUGAAAGUGUUGCCUAAUUGGAAGUUGGUUAUUAAGAAAUCAGGGGUUGGAUUUUUUGGAUGGAAAGGCUUUUCACGCUCUGUAGAUAUCUGUGCAUUCUUAUAAAUGCAUAUUAAAUUUUCACAGAGGAAGAAAUUUAUGCGUUUGAACCCAUCGCGGAAGUUAAUCAGCUCGCAAGUCGACUAUACAAAGUAGCAAAAAUUAAGAAUUCAUCUUUGCAAUAAGUGACGAGCUCGUACUUGGUGCUAACAAGCUGUAUAGUCUUGAGAACACAACUUGUAUGAUAGCUACAAUAAAAGUGAGAUAAUAGGGCUUUAAUUUACAGCUUUUCGAUGCUUGCAAGGGCAUCGUUAUAGGCACGUGGGAUUGUUUUGCACAAAAAUUGUAGCUAGUUCUGCUGUUUGGCAAAUAAAAUACAACAGAUUUUCAAUCCUCCUUCAGGAAUGUUCGACGAUUUUCUAAAUUUGGCAUCAGGGAUGAAACGAGAACUAGACUAGUCUGUUAGACUGAUGUGACUUUUUGAGCUUCGCUUAAAUGCAAUCACCAAACGAUUUACCUCAACUCCUAUGCACGGUUAGCAACUCUGUAAUGGAACCACAUUGUGUGUCACAAAUGAGCCAAGUGGUAUGAUCUCUGCCCUCGCUGCUUUCUUGAGAGUCAAGGCGCGACAGAGCACGUCAGAUGCAACUGCUACAGGCCAUUAAAUGCACACGAAGAGAACACCCGUGAAUUGUGGGUUUGGCAUUGAUUUUUAGGUCCACUUACGCGAAGAAAACUUAAAAUAGAAAUUUUUGUUUGAGGGUGGGGAAAGAGCAGUUACUCAUCAUAAGCCUGACUUCGAGGACUUUCUGCAGUUACUUGCCGUCAGUAAGAAGUGGAGCAACAAUAUAGGGCAGUUUUGGUGAACAAAUGGCGGUAUUACUAGUCUACUCGUUAAAACGACGACGUUUUGUGGGUUUUAAAACGAGAGCACGUUUUUGUCCUAUUCCAUCAGUUAUUCUGACUGAAUUUGUUAAUAUGAAGCCGUCCGCUGGGUGAGUGAAAUCAUCCUAGCAAAAUUGACUGUUUUUGUUAGUGUGGUUGGGUAGGGUUUUUUCAUUCAGUUUCGGUGGGUUUUCAACUCUUCCAAUCAACAUGCCAAAAAUGUUGUUUUGCACGCCUGAAGAUUGAGAUAUUCAGAGGAUGAGGAGCCAUCUGUUCAGUAAGUUUGCCGUCUAAUGUAGUCUUGACGAAUGUUCUGGCCUCCGUGUUAGUGAUAGAGACUUUAACGUUCUUGAUGAUGUUUUCCAGUUAAGUAUUUGACACCUGAUUAAAUACAAACAUGAGGGUUCCAGCGAGUAUGAAGUUAAAAGAUAAGGGCCUCUGUUGACAGGUAUUUUCGCAAAAUGAAAGUGGAUGUUAGGUUUUAAAGUCAUUUUCACGAGAGUAGCCUGUUACUGCUUAAAAUUUAUACUCAUCGGUUGCACGUAUGCCGUACUUAAUUGGAAAGGAGCUAGCUAAAAGUCCAGGCAGGGCUUCAUCGAUACUAUGCCGAUGCAUGACACAGCUGUGGGGUGUUUGGCCCAUCAGUGUGUCUCCGAAGUUCCACUUUUAACCAUAAUAACCUACGGUUAUGCGGGCAAGCUGCAAAGCUCAGACGCGUCUGGAUUUAGAAAUGAAAAUGCGCAGGCAUGUUCGAGUGGUUUUAAGGACUGUCACUUUAUUAGAAUACAGUUCGAUCUGGGGAUUGAUUUAAGAGGGAGAGCUGGUAGUAUUUCAGUCCAACUCAGGUUUUUUCAUUGACCGUUGCGGUGGCGCUGGAUGGCCGAGCACUACUAUAGCGGAGGUCGGACUCGGAUAAAUUUAUUGACAGGAAUACUGGGAAUAAUGUUCCCAGAUAUAUUAAAGGAAAAGUCAUGUUUGCACUGAAUGUUAGUUUUAAUGUAUAAAAUUGCACUUUGUAGGAGGGUAAUUCUGUGUGUGUGGGGGGAUACAAAUACCUGUAGCCGAUCAAAGUGAAUGAGCGCUGUUUUUGGUAAUGUAUACAUUCUACCGAUUUGACCGUUUGGUUACAUAGGGAUAGGAUAAUAUUAAGUGACCAUACAGCAAAAAUCGGCAUGGAUUAGGUACAUGCGCGGAGUAAGGAAAAGCUGUGUAGAGCCACCUACUAUAUUCUUCAGGGAAGGUGUUGCAGGGUUUUUGGACGGUCAUCCGUCUGCAGGAUGACAUCCGCUGGCCUGUGCCUUCCAGACGACCCGGUACUGCUGAGGUUCCUACUCAAUUUAGAAAGAACGUUCGGCACGGAGGACGCUCCAAAACCAACUUUGAGGAGAGAAUAAUUAAUCUGCACCUACAUGAUAUCUUUAGAACCCAGCUGCGAGUGACUGUAACGGAGCAUUAUGAGUUUAGAAGCCGCAAUGGAAGCAGCCCCAAGUGCUGAUGAAAAGUUGAGGCCACAUAUGCACUGUCUAAUCAGCAACUUAAUUAAAAUAUUUUGCCGGUUUUCCCACCAUUUCUAUUUAUCGGCUCUCUUAGAAAAAGCCUGGAAGUUGAUCCUCUUCCUGGACUGAUAUCCGAUCCAUGCGUGUAGCUUGAUUACCUACGUGGUAGCACUUGCAAACGGAUUCUUGUAAACUGAAUGGAGGGAUCAUUAUAAGCCUGCAUUGCUGUAGAUGUCUAAGAUGCCAACCAAGGAGACCCUUUCAGAUAACUAUGAGGGCGCUCAUGCACAGCGAGGAACCGUAUUGUUUCGAGAUACGCACAAACUGCUAUCUUCAUAAAAAGGCAGCUACUCUCCAGCCUACAGUAUCACGUGCUCCAGCCGCGACUGUAAUGCUGGCAUUGAAGCCAUUCUUACAGUGAUUUGCAAUAUGCAGAAAGUUAUCCAUACCGCAGCGUUAGCGUUUUUACACUAUUUUGGUCAGCAAUCUCGCAUGAUGGGCUCAGAAACUCGAGUUAAAAUAAAGCUCCCGCAGGCGUUGUGCGUAGGCAGGCCUAGGAGUGCAAGCGCUCGGUCCAUUGUCUCUGUACAAGGCCUUCUUUGAACGCGCCAGUCCGUUGGCUUUUUAAAGUCCUAACGAUUAUUUUUUGCCAUGUUAACUACUGGAUUUGCCCUAAACCCAUGUGUUAAGCCACCUAUACAUGUAAGGGGUCGUUUGCUUGUUUUUAGUGAGCCGCGUAACUGGCAGGUGACCUCAAGUACUGUGCGUACCAAAUUUUUGGAUAGUUGUGGUGUUUCUUGCGAACCAGGGGAGAAAAAACUUGCGUCAAAGCGCCAAGAAGACGGCCUUCGAAAUCGAUAUAAAUACGACCAAUAGGCGAAGAGGAGAUUUCAAUUUUUCCCUCCUUGUCUCUUGGUGUAGAUCCGCUUGCGCUCCUGUAAUAAUUGUCACUAUUUGCAUUUAUUGAUUCCUAAAACCUUCAGAGACGUCCGGAUUCGUCCUAAUUCGUCGUUGAAAACUCCGGGUGUCGGCAAUGUAUGUGGGAGCUGCUCUUGUCUUUCCAGCUUUAAAAGACAGACUGUUACCUUUAUAGGCUUCCAGGUGUUCCCAUGUCUGAAGCCCAGCUUGGUCCUUAACCGCGUCUCUUCGGUACGAAGGUUGCAAUUGGCCCACCACUCUUAUAAGUCUGCCAGCAGACCGGUCUGUAGGAAUAAGUACUAACGUUUCUGGUUAUUACACCCCAAACAUCGUUUCGUUUUAGUUCAAUAACUUCCUUGGUGAAGCGUCACAUGCUGACAACAGCUGAAAAUCACAUUUGACUUUGUGGUUGAGGUCUAUAUCCACACAACUGACAGUAUUUCAUUUAUAUUGGGUUUCGUCAAUCCUUGUCAACAGGCCGAUUGAAUGCAGUGUUCAAAAUACUAAUCAACAUCGUCUCAUUGUCAGAACUCAAAAAAUGUACAAGGUUUUAUUUCCAGUUGUCAAAACUCGUUACCUUCAAUUGUAAUGGAGUUCUAAAUAUGUUAUCAUCAAAAUUUCAAGCGCAGCUAAGUGCUAAACUUCAGAAAUUACCAUUUAAUUUCAAAGGCAAAACUUAGGAAGACACUCCGCAUUCAUCCUAAAGCCCAAAGACAGAUUUCCGUCCAAUGGACUUUCACCGAGCCAGCCACACCACCAGUACUCAACGGCUCGGACAGAUGGGUUGUUGCUCUGAAUGACAAUUGGUCGGAUCAACGCACUUUGGAGUUCAAGAAAGGCGACAUCCUUCACCUACAGAAGCAAUCUGGUGAACGCUGGUGGGAAGCCCUGAAUUCAAGAACCAAUAAGUGUGGCCUAGUUCUUGACAAGUGGUUCACUGAUAGACCAGGCGAGUCAGUAGCCUUUGACGCAUGGCAGAACAUUGAUCGAGAAGGGGCACGCAGACAGCUUCUCGUACCAGAACUUCAAUCUGGAACCUUUAUCCUGCGACCUGGCAAAGGUAAGUUUCAUGUUCUCUCUCUUUCUCUCUCUCUCUACAUGUCCGGCCAACGCAACGGUAGCCUGGAGGAUUUAGCGAGGACGAUAGGGAGUGCAGUUGCUAUUUUGGCUAGUUUGCUCCGCCCAGUCAUCCAUGUCACAUUCCUCUAUCAACCAGUCAAGAUGUUUUGAUUAGCUCGGGGCCAACCGUGGGCAUGCGUUCCUUGGAAGAUAUCACAAUCCAACUUGUCCUGCUCGUAGAUGUUCAUGUGCAACCUGCAUUUUCCCAUAGGACCCCAUAAUAAAACCUAGGUAACCGGCUCGCAUUGAGUCUUUUAAUCCAUAUUUUGAUCGUCCAGAUAUCGACAGCAAGGGAUCCCACCUAUUCGCUUUAAAAGAACCUUGAUGUAAACGAGCUAUUCAGGAAGCGCUGGGGGGGAGGGAGAGUAGUUACAAAAUCCUCCCUAACACAGGCAUACUAGUCAAUAACGCCAUUGGUUAAGUUGCGCCUGCGUAAGUAUGUGCGGUGAACAGUUCUUAGACAACCCAGCAGGACUAAAACUCUGAUGCCUGAUGUGUGAAUUAUGAUAAGAUAUAAUGCAGCGUAGGAGCAGUAAAAGUUAAAUUGAAGGAAAUUAGAGCAUAAUAGUCAACCGUAUCCUAUCGGCAUGCACUCCAUUUGGCAUUGGCGUUCUGUCACUGCAUUCAGCAGAAGCCACCUUAGAGCCUCGAGUGCCAAUUUUCUGAAGGCCUUUAUUUCACACAGACAGUGCAUUACAUUAGAAUGGUGCGAUCUUUGCGAUGGCAAUCUUAAUACCACAAUCUGUCACAUUGAUCUCCUUAUUUCGCACGGAUGAAAUUAAAUAAGUUACGCACACGUUUCCUCCAAGCUGGAAGCCUAGGAUUGGCCACUGCCUGCUAGACUCUAGCGAGUAGGAGACUGUCUCUAAAACAUCACAGAUUAAAGGCCUAUAUUUUGUUCCAUAUUCAGACAGGCGCUGUGACGAGUACUUUUAGAGAGCCAUUUACCCUAUCCCUCUCAGGUAUCUCAAAUGUCACAGAUAAUGCGAAGCACGCUUGCCAAGGUCUGUUUUGCUUAAUGUGGUCAUUAGAAGUGAAAUAACAGGUUGACACUUAUGACGACGUGAGCGAAACCAAUGAAAACAUCAGUACUUAUAGUGAAGUUGGAACCUCAGCAGCACUUAAUUCUGCCGGAAGAAGGGUUGACAAAGCCUAUGGCGACUGGAAUGGCCAUUUAUGGCUAAUUGGUUGUCGUCAGACAGUCACAUUCGACCCCAGGUAUGCAGGUCCUGGCGUUCGAAUCCGGAUUCCUUAGUAACUUACCAUUUUCAAGUCCAGUGCUCUGUUAUUGAGCCACGGACCCGCUGUCCUUUCGGUUGCGAUCGGGAAUACUAACUGGAGUAAAAGUGCGUCCACCAACCGAGUUACACGACAUGAUCGCCGUGCUUCAUUCUUCGACUAUGGUCAUCAUUCCGGCCCUCGACCUGCAGGAAGGCAAGCCUGAGACUAAAUGAUUGAUCAUUGGACUUAACACUCGAUGAGCAAAGAUUUCGAAUGCGAAUUCCAGGCUGUCGAAACCUGGGACCCAGUACGGUUGGCCGGCGUGGGCUAAAAAUGCGAAGUGGUCUUUCUAGUCUCUAGUGACUUUGGUGGCACUCCUACAUGAUUACCAGUCGCCGUCCGUCGGUUUGCAAGGGCCCUACAUUGAGCCCAAAGCAUAACGGAUCGGUCACGUCCUACGACAUGAUUGAUGAAGGGCUUCCCAGCACAAUUAAUUCUUCCUACUCCUCCUCUUAAAUCUUGAUCAGAAUCCACACCUAUAGGUGGCUGACAUUGCUCAUCUAAUUUGCCAAUCAUCUUUCGUCUAAAAAAACUAUUUUGAAUGUUUUAUCUGUUACUUGCGUCGGAGCGGCUCAGAUCACCCACAGUCCUCUUUCAGAUCUCAAAUCCUAUGUCCUUUGCGUCCUCUACGUCAGCCACGGGGAUUAUGAUGUGAAGUUCUACCAGAUCCAGAAAACUGAAGAUGGAGAAAGAUACUACAUACGACCGGAACAAACGUUUUCCACUCUUGACGGGUUGUUGAAAUUCUACAGCGGUAGGUUGUUUUUCUUAUGCGCUCCAGCCAAAUGUUGCUCUUAUCCUACCAUCGGGUUUUACUUGAAAUUCAGUUUCUGUAAAUGAAGAGUUAGCUGGGCCGCGCCAAUAAAAGUAGAGAGUUUACUUUUUACCGUUCUUUGGUAAGGCCUAAUUAUGGGGGUUAAAUGGACUCCAUGGCUUUACAUUGUCCACAUUUUGCUCACGAAACCGGGUGAACAGAUGCGACCUCCGAAAUUCACCAAACGCAGUGAUGCGGCCGUUCUAUUCGAGCGUGCGAGAUUAAAAACAAGCGUCCUACUUAUAUGGAAUACUAUGAAAUCCAGAAGAGAAAGAAACAGCCAAAGUGAAGCUGCGAAAGGUUGCGGAGAAUGAAGGAUUUGAGCUGUUCUUCAUUCAUUGAAUGAAAAAUAUAAACCUUUUAUAAAAUUAUGCGGGAAUAUAAUGGGGUUUGACUUUAGAGUCAGACUGUUAGAUCCGGAAGAGCUAAUCUGCAAAAGGAUGCAUACUCUAUUCUACACACAACAACACGUGCGCACUUGCGGAAAAGGGUGGCAGGCUGUUUUUGUCGGCAGUAAUGCCAGAAAAUGGGUUGUGUCUAUUUUACUCCGGCACAAAAACCUCUUUACGAAGGCGCAAUUGAAGCCUAACUCUCUGUCCUGAGAAGAAUGGUUUAUCUCAUCAGUCGUUAACCUUACAAUUCACGAACCAUGGUGCCUGCUGACAGAUUAAAGCGCGUCCGGCAUUUUUUGGCGAAGAAUGUCCUGUUAUACCUUGUGGAUAUAUUCCUCAGUAUCGGCCUCACUUUUUUUUCUCUCUGUACCUCGCCAACCGACUUUCUGAGCCUCUCAGCCAGCUGAUGUUGGGAUUGGACGCAGUGGCUGUCGCGGUCUGAAGGCCUUCUCUAAAUGCAUGCCAUCACAUUUGCGGACUCUGUACUGCCCGAUGCACGUAUGCUGACUGACCCCUCCCUCCAUUUUGGUGCAGCGCGCACGCAAAGCAACCCCUUUUGUUGGUUAUUUAACUACAAGGCAUGCUCUUGAUCAUGUCCAUUGUAGUCAGCCUCGGUGAUGCAAUGUAUAGCGGUUGCCGAUAGAAGCGAAUAGGCGAGUUCCAGGGAGCAGGUCAGAAGAAGAAGAUACGAUCACUGGAAUAAUAAGUUUAUUGGUCUAAAGUUUCGGGUUUUCACUCGAACCCAUUAUCAGAAACUAUUGUAGAUAAAGGUCUGCCUUAGUAAUGUCUUGUAUAACGGUUUUACACUCGCCAUUAACAGCAGUAACGGAACUGGAGAGCUCGACGCACUUUCUUCGCCAACAACGAAGACUGAAGUUGUCUUACCUGCCUUCAGGUCUUGAAUUUCAAUGUCAAGCUAGGUCUGAGUCCGUGCUUCCUGUUGCCCCUAAUCGGCCUGCAAUGUCGGGGUUUGGUCAGCGGCGCUAACUAUAUGGAUGGGACUCUAUGGAACCUGCCAAAACCUCCUUUUUAAUGUUUAGAGCGCUCUACUGACGUUGUUGCAGCAAGUAUGGACUGUCUAUAUCGAGACGAAGUCGCCGUACUUCACUCCCGAGGCUCGAACCAGCUACUUGUCGGUUACAAGUCCAACGUUCCAACCACAGAGUCGUGAGCUCGAUGUGCUGUCGGUUGCAAUCAGGCAAGCACAAUGGCAGAGGGGUGCUCACCGAUCUCGUUAAGGGACACCCCAAACGGGGUUACAGGAUGUGAGGACAGCUACUACAGGAUUUUGAAAUCGCUUACCUGAAACAGAAAUGGUGUCCAACACUGUAAUACCUAGGUUCUACAUUUUAUUUGCCACCAAAUCCUUACUAUCGUAUACUCGAGACGCGGAUUUCCGUUCUUUUUUCUGAACAAAAAAAAUAAUGCCGACAGAGAGCUGAUCACAGGCAACGCUGUCUGGCGUUAUAUACCCGCAGAUGCUCAUCCCGUAUAAAAUGCAUAAAUCCCCCUGUACCGUCACAAAAUACAGCGCCUUGGAAGGGCAUGCUGUACCCAGCGAAAACACGUCAGUAAGAAAACGGAGGGUAGGACGGACAGGACCGAGGUGGUAGGUAGAAGGCAUGCUUUGUUAUCAAACAGUACGCAGUACUUUUUAUUUUCAGCCUGCAGCAGUUAGCACCUAAACAGUAUAACAUGUAAACAUCAUUCACGCCUUUGUCACUACCUAUCUCCUCUUUCACGAGAAGUUUGAUGUGAAGAUGCGGAGUAAACCUCGUCGAUCCUUUGUCCGGCUUCGCCAUAUUGAGGCCAACAUACUAAUUUCGCCGGAUUUUUAUCACAUGGGAACUUAGAGCGUGCAUGCUCCUUGGCUCCUUGAGCUUACACCUCAAGUAGGGACUUCUUCUGGCGUAUCAGUUUAGAUCUCGUGAGUAUUGAAUUGGUGUUGGCAUUAUAUCUGCCGUUCCCAAACUGUACGUAGAUACGGAUAAGCCUGUCCGGCACCUUCAUUGUUCUUGUAAGGACCGUCGGCACUACAAACCAGGCCAUCGGCUGAAGAAAAUCUGACGAAAGGAGGAUACUGAAAGAGGCUAAAGUCGGUCAAUAGGGAAACUGACGACAGCAUACUGAUCUGCAUUAUCAGCCGAAUAAGCUGGCACCAUCGCAAAUGAUUUGAAACAGACUUGCGCAUUUAUCCUUAGCGACAUAUUUCUCCUCAAUGCUGAUGGACGGUAGCAGUGAUGUGCUGCUGGACAUGAUGUCAGUAAUAUAUAGGGUGGAAAUCUCCUCAACUGCAUGCAUAUUCAUAUUGCAGCUGCUGUGUUUCGCUGUUUGGAUGCAAAUAUUUACAUUUAAAAGCAGCUAUAUGUUGAAUGCUUUGCUUAUUUUAUGAACAUCAUCGUUUGCAACUCCUUGCUUGCUCAGAAGCCAGUGGAAGGCGAUCAAGUUAUCUAGUAGUCUUGCGUUUUCAGCCCGUAUUAAAAAAUUUGCUGUUCGUAUGUGUUUCCAAAGGUUCUGUGGCUUUUGAGCCUGCACGACGCGAAAGUUAGCUGUUCAUAGCUGCACAGCCAAGUAGAACAUUUGAUAGUAAAAGUGAAGUAACAGGUCAUAAAUCCGUGAUUUGCUCGCCUUAUUGACCAAUCUAACCGCAUUAAAACUAUGCAGUGACGAUAUAGGAACAGUCUAAUGUUUGAAGAGCCCAGUCCUAUAGGUAAAGGUUUGUGGAUCGCAACUUCCCGCUAUUUGUGUGACACUCUGAUAAUACUGCUAUGCCGCAUGCGUUAAGGUUACUUUGCUUAGACGAGCAUACUCCAGUGGCCUUCUCCCGAUUAGCAAGGAAGAGCUUGUACAGGAUCACAAUCACACAUUCAGUGUUUUUUCCCGUCAGGAAAUAAAAGAUAAAUUUGAGUUACACAGGAUGUAUAAGUAAGGGAAAUAGAACUUUCCACGUGAUUAUAGCGAAAGCAUACACACUUGUGCUUUUUACAUAACACCCGACUGUUAUCUUAGGCCUGUAGACCCACUUGGGAAAAGGUCUCAUGCAGAUUCCAAAGCCAGAUUUGUAAUGCUAAUUAAAUUUACUUGAAAAGAUCUCAGCCUUAAACACUGAUUAACUACUGCCACCCAGGAUUUUGCAGAGGGCGCUGGGUAUGUGAGACACGGCUGCAUUAGAGUAAAACGGAAGAGGUCAAGUAAAUCAACGAUUAUUUGAAGACGUCUUUUCAUAUGAAGGCUAUGAUCAUAUGUGAAGAAAUAUCAGACUUUCGGUGAUAAGUCCAGUAAAUAUUUUAGGUUGGUCGCCUUACAGCAAGCCUUCAUCAUAUGCUUUUCGAGCACUUUAACUAAGUUCAGGUAAGACGACAGAAAAGUAAAGACGUUAACGGAGGGUUCUGCCUCUCCCCCACUAAGUGAACACCUCAAAAUUCUGCAAAUUAUUUCGGUUUCCCAUGUGGUCACCCGAGUUGCCUUUGGGGUCACAACAGUCACUCCGGAAGCAUUUUCCUGUGUCCACAUCGAUGAGGGCAACCAGACGUUUGGAGGCAAGCCGGGCUGUUUAGAAACAUGUCCGGGGUCCUGCAUGUGCCGUGAUGGAAAUCGAGUUCACCGUCAUAAACAACGUGCUUUACGAAGCAGGACAAUAAAUUGGACAGCUCUGCUUCUUGUCGUACCAUUCUACAAACCGGCUCCCUGAGAAACCCUCGCUCCGAUUGACCCAUACGUCUUCUAACCUACGAUGGCCAUCAUUAACCUGAAAUGUUGAUUUGGAUUUUACUUGCAGUGUUAAGUGGCCGACGUUGCAGUGUCUGCGGAAGUGUUCGGCAACAUUUUGCAUGACCUAACUGCGGGUUGGAAGUAGGGUAGUUUUGAGGGUUUUUGAGCACGCUACCUUUAGAGUUGUUAAAGGGGAAAACGAUCAUUGCAGACAAUUAAGAUUUGAAUAGUCAAACCAAUGCUACAGGCGGGGCAGUAUGGUAUAUGGCUCUGUCUUCUGUCUUUAAGGCCAAUUGUGUGUACUAUGUGGGCGCAAUUGAAUAGUGGUGGAGCUAUUUUUUGCCAGAGUCAGAAGCAAUCAGUUGGAAUGCCUACUCAAUCGACUUGGCAAAUAUUUUUCAUGAUCAAUACCUGAUGUACUAAUAUCCUAUUGUCAUCGCGAAACUUCCCCAAAAUCCCCACAACCAUACUCAGCGCAAAUGAAGGAAAGGAGUAACGAUAGAAGUGAACAUGAGAUCCGGAAGACCCACUGUCAUCAUAGAAAACGUCUGGAUUCGUUUAUUGGAUCUGGUGCAGUUGCAGACAGAGCAGCCGCGUUGGAGAAACUACGAGAUUACUCGUGACCCCGAUGGCCGAACACGCGACAGCGGUGCGGAGGAACGACGCAAGCCCUCAGGUGGCGGCCCACUCCACGGGACUGAGCAAUACUUUCAAGUUUCAAGUUGCUGAAAUCCUCGCAAGAGGUAAAAACCGCGCGAGCUGCUAACUGCUUAAGUCAUGAUCCUCAGACCCCGAAUCCAUCCCAAGCGCAAUGACCUCCCGUUAUCAUAGUGGAUGUUGAGACGUCCCCUGGGCAGAGGAGCAGUCAAGUGGACAGGGCACGGUCGAGCAACGGUCCUAGCGGCGAAGAGCCGAAUGGCCCAGUACUCGUCAGGUCAAAAUCCAACACGGAUGAUGAAAUUGCGCAAUCAACGACUUGGACGCGGACUGGCGUGCCAUUAUCACAUUUAUUACGACCCACAGCGGUGAUCACGUACUAUAUUAAUUAUAGCGCGCAUGUGGUCCCACGGCAGUUAAGUCCUUUAAAUACCGCAGUCUUUGUGCUUUCAGUACCCUUAUUUGCAACCGUCUCUGACGAUAGCUUCGAGUAAGAAUCUGAAACAUCAGGCCAAUCGAUUCUUCUGUUCUAGUGAUCGCCAUUCUUCUUCCAAAAUGCAAGGAGUACCGUUUCAUACCUGCAAAAGUUCAUUCUAUGUCACGUUGACGGAACAGUCGGUGUGCGCAGCCAGUUUCUUAUGAUUGCGUGGUAGCGGGAGAAACUGCGUGACAGACAGAAAGGUCGAGUUCUGACAAGCUUAGGAAAAACCCUGUUAUUUUAUACGCAUUUAGAGCUCGAAAGUGGGUAGAAAACCCAAUUAUCGGGCUACGUCUUCCAGAAAUUGACUUGUUUCGUUAAAAUAAUGAGUUUUUUCCAGUGUUUUUCCUGACUUGCGAAGCUCAUAAUUAUUAACUGAUAUGGUGCCUGAAGGAAUAGAUUUGAGUUUAUGUUUUACGCUCGUUGAUGCACCUCGACUGUGUUAAGUCUUCGAUAGGAAUGAGCCAAACGUCUGUUUCACGGUUAUGGACUUUGGUAAUAUCUAAGGACUCUGACCUCAUGUUGAAGAUUGAAAAACCGCUUUUUAAGCCUAUGCCUACGUGCUCGUCUGCGGAAGAUCCAACCAAAACAGCGCCUAAGGUAGUUUAUGUUGUGCAUAAACCAAGGAUUGUCCGAGGUGACCGACUGCAUUGCUGCGGAACUAGGUGCUGGAAUUGCACACCGGCCUAGAGCUACCAUGCGCGGUAAAGUCAUGAAAAUCAAAAAUUCAUUAAAUCAUGAUGAAGAGUCGGGUGUAGUGCUUAAACUGUCUUUGCAAUUAUACAGGUCAGACUGGACGCAUGCACGCUGACUGCACGAUUUGGUGGCGGAUUAUCACAAGUGGCUGCCCAAACCUUCGAAACGGGCUACGAGUUUAACUUUGCAGGCGCUAGGAUAGUGCUGCAAGCCGAGAAUUGAUUCAGACCUGGGCUUUAGAAGAGAAUUCAGUCAGUCUUUUUAUCUAUUUGGCGUCCGCAUACAGAGCCCCGCACAGCCGCCUCCGGACAUGAGUCACUAAUAUUGUAUUCACUAAUGCCCCCUAUGACUGUUAGUGGUUUUGUUACCACUUUCAUCACUGAAAAUGGACUUCUGUACGAGUUCCCAAUCCCAGAAGAAUAAAGAAAUGAUUCCGGCGAUCGAACAGUACUCUUUGCUAGACAUAAAUACACUUGAAAUUCGCACAUCUCCCCCCAUCCACCUAUUGACUCUUUGCCUAGUGAGAGCCUGAAAAGCAUACAUUUUCGGCCAAUUUGGUUUUGCUCUCACAGCAUAAAUCCGACAUCUUUUUCGUGUUUUAACAGACCCGAAUCCCAACAAUCCUUGGCAGUUGUGCUGCCCGCUAAAAGGACCUCGUCCGAAGCCAAGCACCCUCACAAGGGAUUUUGAGUCCAAAAUCAUCAGUCGUCAUUUGCUGGAGAGGAAGCGAGACCUGGGGCAUGGCAACUACGGUCGGGUUUUUCUAGCUACCUACCGGAACACAGAGGUGGCAGUGAAGGAGGCAUUGGGACCGCAGACCACAAAGGAGAGCAUCGAUGAAGCCAAACUGCUAUCGAAAUUGAGUCACCCGAGAAUCAUGUGUCUCCUGGGGAUCUGUUGUGAACCCAACACUGAGCCCCUGCUGCUCAUUACGGAGUUCAUGCCCAAGGGUACCCUGCUGGACUUUUUUAAAACUGAUGAGGGCAAAGCCUUCAGCGUUGACGAUCUGAUCAAGGUGAUUUCACAGGCAAGUUCUUCAGUGUGGGACUUAAAGUGAAUGGCUAAAAACUAACGGCUGCGGUUUCUCAAACGAAGGUUGGCUGCUUUAAGUUAUUUAUUGGCAAAUGUUAUCCAUGGAAACUCGAUGUAUCGAUGUGACUGAUUGAUUUCAGGGUUAGGUUCUGAAAAUCGAGCUUUUCAAAUCGGUUGUUACCGCGAAAACAAGAUGUCUAUUCGCCUGGCGUUUCGGAUUCUCACUUGAACUCCUCAUCAGAAACGAUCGCAGAUAAGGGUAUUGAACGCACAGGGCUGUGGUAUUUGUAGGAUGCAAUUGCCACGUGACCAUAUAUUUACUACAAGUAGCAGCCCCCUCAUUCACCGCUGUUGACCGUAAUUGGUGCGAUGAUUGCCUCAUCGUCCGCACCGCUGUUGGUUAGUAGCGUAAUAAUGUGCUGGCAAUUUUGAAUCGUUGAACCUGUCACUCGAAGCAGUAUUCGCCCUUCCCUCUUUGCAUUCCCAAUUCCUCUGCCCUGGCAAAUUUCCAGCACUGAAUAUGGAGAAGGUAGGUCGUUGCGGUUGCUAAUUUACUGUCGGUAUAGGAAUCAUGAUUCGAGCUGUUUGAGGCUCACGCAGUUGGUACCUCUCACUGGAAUCAUGGUCUUGUCGAGCUUUUAGGUGCGAACUGCGGAAUAGCGUCAUCCCUCUUUUCUGCUGCUGCAUUUUCGGCCAUCCGUGCGCGGAGUAAUUUCCCAGAUUCUUUGACGUAGUUGCUUCGUUCGCAAUUGCGUCAGCUCGAGUGAACGACUCCAGACGUUUCCUGUCGUGACAUUGCGGCUUUCGGUCCCAUAAUCUGGUCCGUGAUGGUUGUGCCCGGUCUGUGUACAAGUGCAACUCCGAGUGGUGUGGGAAGGCGGCCGAGGUCUUACGAGACGUUUUUACGUACGAAAGCAUUCGGCCAAAUUUGGGGUCGGUUGAAUUUGGCUUUCGCCGCGUUUACGUGAGCGCAGACUGACUAAGCAUCCGUCGAAGAUGUUUCCUGUCGGGGCUUAGACCAACCCGACUGUAGUUGCGAGGACAGCCUAAGCAGUUGGACUCAGCGAUGGGUUUCAUAUGUGCCGACCGUCAGCUUGGCAUUGUUCCAGUCUUUGUAACCUUCGGCAAGGACCACUCAUGAGUAGGAUGCUUGGCAUAGCAAAAUGAUGAACUUACAUGAGAUUGCUUUGCCAGCUGCCCAACUUUUCUGCCCUGCUUAGAUGCUGCUGUUAGCUAGCUAGACUUUAUUUCUCGGUAGCACUGUGUUACUUUAAAUCAGCUUAUUGUGUUUCCGCACUGAAGGUCUGUGAGGGCAUGGCCUAUCUGGAGACAAACAAUGUUGUGCACAAUGAUCUUCGUGCUGCAAAUGUUCUUGUCGAUGCCAAUAACAAUGUUCGUGUGGCGGACUUUGGGCUCGCAAAAAUACUGCGAUUUGACGACCGCGACAUAAAUAGUAAGUAAACAGUUCCUCUUCUUCCAAACUUCCCCGGCUUCUGUGGCACGUUUUUCUGUCAACACUUCUAUCGCAUAAUCAUCCUCCUACACGACUUGUGUCUUGAGAUCUGUCCCAAGCAAGACGAGUUCUGAAGCCUGGCGCAUACAUUUGAUACGCUAAUGAACAAAUUCAUAUCAGUACUAGUGCACAAACUCACUGUGGUCUUGUUAGUGACCAUUCCAUGUACGACGAUUUCAGGACGAGGAGACUGCUUUCUUUUCUAGCUUCAGUAAUUUGAGUCAGUUCUCCAAAACCACUGCAUAAACUGCAAUCCCAGUCUGGGCGUAGAAGAGUAGCUGUGAGGGGUCAGUUUAAAGGUGUGAGAGACCAGGAGUGGCAGAAAUGUAUUGUAGCUUAAUGCAAACCAGAACAUAACACGUGGGCAGGACAAAGUUAACAGAACAUAAUUAUAACAGUAUUAAUACAGAUAAACUUAAGUGGCAAAGCUGGGAAAAUCGACAUAAGACUACUUGCGCUUAAAUCUGAAAUAGGAUUAUAUUUGUCUCUUUUAUAUAAAUAGGCCAUUACGGACUUACACAUAGAUAAAAGACGAGAGGAGUUAGGGACCACACUCGUUUCGUAGGGCUCAAUCUCAAGCCCCGUAGGCCACAUCGACAGGACAACUAGCCCGUGGUUCAGUUUUUAGGGGUUUGGACAUUCGACCAAGAGGUCGCGGGAUCGAUCCUGGGAGGUCGAGUAAGGCUGGCUGAUAGAGGCUCCUAAGUCACUGAUGGCUACUUAAUCUCUCCUUUCUUCCUAUGUCCGGUGUCCAGGGUGUGCAUGGCCACUUGAGAUAGAUGGUCUCGCCUCUUCACUGCCAACUGGUGUUCGUGGAUGCGUGUAGAGGCGCGUUUUCCAGUCGGAGAGUCGGAGAGAAAGGAGCCAGGUAGCCCAAAUCAGACGGCCGAACCGAAAACUUGGCGAACAUUUCCUUACAUUAAAAUUGUGUCCGAACUCGUUGAAAGACACUUAAGGAAGCACCAAAUUCAGGUGGCGCACCGACCGACGACUACUCUGCGCACUCAGCUCGUGCACCCUUAAGAUAAGGUUAACUAUCUGGACAAAAAGAAGUCGUUUACAAGAUCCCUUGUGAAGCGUGUGAUGCCGUCUAUUGUGGCCAGACUGGAAAACGCGCCUCUACACGCAUCCACGAACACCAGUUGGCAGUGAAGAGGCGAGACCAUCUAUCUCAAGUGGCCAUGCACACCCUGGACACCGGACACACUUUCGCUUGGGAAAAAACUCGCAUUGUCGCUGUGUGCCCCUCAAAGAAAGGCCGAGAGUUCCUUGAGGCCAUGCACUCAGACGAUUCAUGCAUCAACAGGCACAUCGAGUUGGAUGCCGCGUACAGAAAUCUCAAGGAGAGAUGGAAGAGGCGGGGACCAAUCAGAACGGACUGACAAACACGACGGCCGCUUACUGGCGUGAGCGUCAGGCGAUUAGAGAUUUUUUACGUGCACUUAAGAUGUUAGCUGUGUUGGCGCAUUUGCUUUCCGUCUGUGCCUGACGACGACUCGGGGAACCGGCGUCGAAAAUUUGCACAAUAAACUUCCUUUCCCAAAGCACACAUUCGACUUCGACAUAUAUAUAUAUAUGAACGAUCGGUGAGCGCCCCCUAACAUAUAUAUAUAUAUAUAAUGAAAGAGGGGCGCUCACCGAUCGUUCUUACGAAGCUCACUCGUCUCGUCGUGCCUUAUGGGCAGCGCAUGAUAUAGGCAGCCAGUUUAACCCAACCCCGAGGUGGGAAACACCUGGGGGUCGAACUCGCGACAAAUUAGUUAGAAGACCAACGCCUCUAAUUACUGAGCCACGGGCUACUGCCUAUAUCAUGCGCCACUGUGCGGCUGCUGGCUGGGUUCGAGAGAGAGCCCGUGAGGCACAACGGAACAAGUAUGUUCCGUUAGAACGGUCGACGAGCGCCCCUCUACCAUCGCAUAUUCCCGAACAAAACCAACGGAACAAGGAGCCCGUGACUCAGUGGUUAGAGGUUAGUAAGAGUCUUCUAACUAAUAGGUCACGUGUUCGAGCCCCAGGUGUUCCACACCUCGGGAUUGGGUAUGACUGGCUGACAACGGCUAAUAAGCCAGAAAUGGUCAUUCCAAUCUCCCUUGUCUUUAUCGGUAAUAACAUUUUGCCGUUAUAUAUAUAUCGACCGAAUAAUUUUGGAAAUUGUUCACUGUAGGACGUGGAGUUAAGUCACCGGGACCUGAGUUUUAGGGUCAGACCCGAAAUUUCAAUGAACGUUCGAGUCGAAGACAGUCACCUAUUGUGGAGCAACCACAUAAUGCCCAUUCUGCAAACGAGUAGUACUAUACAUAUGUAUAUAUUUAAAUCGAAUACGUCGUUUGGGAAAGGACAGUUUACUGUGUGACUUUUCGACGCCGGUCCCUCAGGACGUCGGCAGACGCAGACGAGGAGCAAAUGUGCCAACACGGUUGACAUCUUACGUACACUUAAAAAAUCGAUAAUCUCUUCGCGUUCGUGCCUGUAAACGGCAGUGAUGUGUGUCAAUCCGGUUUGGACGGAGUGCUGCCAACAGUCUACACGUCUGACCUUUCGACUUCAAUCAUAGUUUUUACGCUUUCAUCAUCUGCUGCAUAAACAUAUUGUCAUUCAGGAAAUUUGCAAAAGUCAUUAACAAACAUUUCCAAGCAUAUCUUAUCCCUUUCUUCCUGGACGUGACUGUGAAGAGUUUACUCGUGCAUUUGAGCAUAGGAAUAGAAAAAUGUAGAAGGUACGCGAUAACUGCGCUCCUACACAGGUUAAAUGGAUUUUCAGGAGCACUCUUUAGAGACUGAAACCAAAGUCUUACCCAUUUAUAUAGUUGGUUAAGUGAAAGUGAAAUGCGGAAAAAUUAUUCCUCCAAGCCUACUUUAUUAUUUAUGCGUAGGGCAUAUUUGUUUUGACGAUCAAUUUUGGAAGAAUCCUUUGGUAGUCCCGACAUUUUCAUGUUCCCCAAAAACGUGUAAUCUUGUUUAAUUGGGGGACGCCACACCGGGCCAAAGAAAAGUCUCAAAACAUUCGAAUGAAAACUUUUUAAUCUAAGUUGAGGAAUGAUCCUCAGACCGAUAUUAGGACUGCCCUGGCCUUCUAUAUCCUGACGCAGUGGCGGCUAUCCACGCAGUGGAGUUUCUUAGCUCGUUAGUUGAUUACUGGUAUUCGCAUCUAAUCGAUCAUCUAUCGCUGGCCUGUAAUAGCAUAACUUGACGCAUUUUAGAGUUGCGAAAAUUCCCAUGGCAGUAUUCAGAAGAUUAGCUGGAGAGCAUACGUUCGCUUAUAAUAAAUUCUCGCCAGGCCAGUAAGGGGUAAAAGCGAAAACAUGUCAUUGAUAAGAAAAAUCGAUUAAAGUUCGUCUUAAAACACAGGCGGAGUGUGGGAAUUUGAAGGGGAGGGGGGAGAGAAGAGUGGGGUGUAACAGCAGUCAAUGCGAGGGACGGGGUGAGAGCGGAAGGGCGCGGAGAGUUGCAGUAUUAGUCGGCCUUCGACCACGGUAGUUGCGGAGUCUGAAUGCGGUUCUUCUACGCGCACAAGAUUGGUUUUCGUAACCUGCUGGCGGCCGCUUCUGCUGUUGCUAACAGGCGCUGGCCCAGUAGCUUAGGAUACCUAGAUGGGACCUAAUAAAUCAAACGAAAAGCUUCGUUGGGGUCCACACGAUAUCCGGAAUCAACAAUAUGCGCGAGAAUGACACUUUUUAUGCUCCUAGUUCGACCUUUUCCUAGCUAUGCCGGGAGAUGUUCUCAUAUUCUUUUGGAUUGGCGCCGACCCGUGCGACCAAUAUGACCUGCUCUACUAAAGAAAGCAAAGAAAUAGAUGCACAUUGAUGUGGUCUGCGUUGACAAUUUAUCCUUACCUUCGCCGCGUAAAAAAGGGGUUAGCAGAGAAUACUAUUCGAACCUUUGCUGUUGGAAAGAUUCGUGAGACAGUUGGAUUAAGGUGUCGUCUUGGAAGUUCAAUCGCAGCGUCCGCUUGAAAAGGGACUUCCGGGAAUGACAUUUUCCUCACGAGAGUCGAUGUAGUGGGUUUUACCGGUCGUUUAGCAAUGUUUUUGCAAUAAACCUGUCAGGGUAGCCGUUUUUACGGAACAAGUCUCGGAUUUUUCUAAGCUCUGUCUCAAUGCUAUCUGUUGGACAAAUUUUUCUAGCUAUUUGUGCCGAACACCGGGCUAAAUUUCGUUUUUUGUGGAGAGAUUCGAAACAGCCGAAAUUCAUGUGUUGCCCAGACCAGGUUUUCUUCCGAUUGACGUUCCUUUGGACGCUUUUGUCAGGUCUCUUGCUUAAAAGGGACAUCUAGGAAAUGGAAAAAACCAGCCGCUCUCAUCUCAAACGUAAAUCGGAUUGAGAGAUGUGCCUGAUUUACCGCGUUUAAGAGGGCAACUACGUCGGUUUCUAGGGUGGCGAUUUCAAAGACGUCAUCGACAUAGCGACCGCAAUGUUUAAGCUCAUUGAUCUGAUCGCUUGCUUAAAAUUUCUCUAGUUUGGUCAUAAAGGCGUCGGCUAAGAGACGUCCAAGAAGCGAGCCCAUAGCAACGCCGUCAGCUUAGUAAUAAGUUUUCGAGUGUGUUCGUCGGAAUUCCUAGUGCCCACGGAUUGGUUAAGAGGGAUUCGCAGGUGUAAUCAACCGCCUCGGUAACUGGAACGUUUGUAAAAGGUGAAAAGUCGUCUAGCGAAAAGGGCACCAUGUCGUUAAGGUUGAUAUCUUUGUCGUCAAUGAAUUCGAAGGGAUCUUGAUAGUUACAUGGUGAUAGUUAAUAUUGUAUGCGCUUGAAUUUCUCUGCUAAUCACUCCGCUAUCGCAAGAUACGGAGAGUUCCGCAUGUCUAAAAUGGGAUGUACUUGCAGGCCGUCAUUAUAGAUCUUAGGUAAGCCAUACAGUCGAAGGAUAUGUGUGCCGACUGGUCGGAAGUGUUCGAGGUCAAGGCCGCUUAUGAAACACUCUGCGUGGAGCCUUCUUAGACAGUCGACCAGUUUUGAUUCUACUUCAUUCGUGAAAUCUUUGUCUUUGUCUACCAUUCUGAAUUUUCUUCUGAUAUGGCAAUAUGGAUUGUUCAUGUUUUGGCAGAUUUUGAAUAAUUAAUAUAGACCCAUCUGUAAAAACUCGGCGCCACGGUGGGAUUCGAACCCACGCAGUAAGUGGAAGACUUUAGUACAGCCAGCGCUCUAACCACUUGAGCUACAAGACCCCGCCGGACGACGCGAGUUUAAUCACAUUUGGAUCAAGUUACCCGCCCAACUUACUGCAACGUCCGGAAUCCACCAAAUCUGAUACAGUAAGUUGACUGUUCAAGCAGGAUUUCCUAUGUAAUUCACCUAGAAUCCACCAGAUGACUACCAUGCUCACGUAAUUCAUAGAUUUUUUGGCAGAUGCUUUGACCCAAAUGUUAUUAACCUCGCGUCGUCCGGCGGGGCCUCGUGGCUCAGGUGGUUAGAGCGUUGGCUGCACUAAAGCCUUCCCCUUACUGCGUGGAUUCUAAUCCCACCGAGACACCUAGUUUUUCACAAUUGAGUCAAUAUGAAUAUGGAUUGUAUCUUUGUUAUAUAGUCCGACCUAUUCAUUAUAACGAUGCCUGUUCCCUUAUUCCGCAUAUUAAACAAUAUAUCUCUGUUCGCUUGAAGUUCUUUCAAAUUCUUUACAGGUGCUUUUUUCAGCAAUCUCCCGCUUUUUAGCCCCUUGUUUAGGUACCGAUAAUUGCAAUUCACCAGUGUCGAUUUAAAGUGUUGGAUACUGUCUGCGGAAACGGGCACUAUAUUGUAGGUCUGGUUCCAGAGGUUCUCGAAUUGAGUUUCUAAUUUUAAGUGAUUGAUUUUUCUACUAGACAUGCAAAACUUGGGAUCAAAUGAUAAUGCUUCAAGUGAUGUUUUAUCAAGUGUCAUAUUAGAGUGAUUGUGUGCGUAUCGACUUGGAUCUUUUUGAAGCCGUAAUUUUGGUUUCAUUUCAUGCACACUUUUAAGACGUUUUGCUUCUCCGCGGUUUCUUUCUAUGGACUGUAUAUAGCUGCCAAAUUCUUGUCUUUCAUCUUCCAUUAGGGUGUCAGGGACGGCUGCCCCCUGACACACCUGACGCGUUGAAGCGUAGGCACCCAUGGAGUCUUCUUAACACCGCGUGAGCUUUAGACUGCUUUACAGUUGCGAAAAUUCCCAUGGCGGUAUCCAGAAGACCAGCUGGAAAGCAUACGUCUGGCCUGACGAGAAUCUAUCGAAAGCAGACGUAUACUCGUUAACUGGUCUUCUGAACCUGACAACUGUUAAAAUUUAGGCUGAGCAUUUAGCGAUCAGACUAUUGUCGCAAACUAACCAAUGCAUUUUGUAAUUGUUGCACAUCCGUCGACCUUUUAUUGGUUUUCACAAUAUCAGAUUACCUUACACCUCAAGCAAUCCAGACAGCCUGUACACUAGAAAUAGAAUGGGACCAGAAUACUCCUUUAAGGACCGUCCCCGUGAAUGUUUGUGCACUCCGAUUAGGUGGUACCAGCAGAAGCACGCAGAGAUCUGCCUGUGAUAAAUUCGGCCUACCACUUGUAUAGAUUCCCAUUCACGCCCAUUUACCGAAAUCGAAAUAUCUCCCACAGUCUCUUACUAGAAUUGCCGGGAUUGUCGAAAUAAGACUUGAUUUCUACACAGGUUUCUGCUAGUUGCACAUGUGGUUAUCAUCGUAAGAUGAAUUUUAACGUGACAAGGUACGCCGUGCAAUUUCAAAGGUUGCAUUAAUGGUUUUCUUAAGAUUGUAUUUAGUUGUAGGUGCCUGUCAUGUUAACCAUUAGAACCAGGAUUGUUUAUAAGAUCUAACCUUCUGCAGAAAUUUGGACGAAAUCAUACUCGAGACUAUUACAUUUUCCAUUACAAUUUCUGAAGGCACAACAACACUUUAACGUCGUGCUGAGAAACUGAAAUACUUACUUGGUUACUGGAAAAAGUGAAGAUUUUAACCACAGACUACUUUGUGUUUUCCUGUGUUAUAAACGGCAUAUCGAUAGUACUCUUUGAAUACUGCAGCGAACAUUUAGAUGAGGCAUCCGACCACGGGAUCAUCAACGUCUUGUGCUGGUUGGAGCAAUAAAUGUAUGUUCUUUGGACAACAGGUCUAGCUUUAACUGAUUCAGCUCCUAGGAGAAGAUCUAUCUUAUCUGACGAAUAUACGUCAGAAAUUGUUGAUUUACUGCAUUCUGUUUGGUUGUAUAAUGAACCGUAAUGAAUUCAUUUGUUAUGAAUUGUCCGAAACACAAACGAGAGAGUUUGUGUUAACAGUAGUGGAAGGUUGUGAAUGCUGACUGCACUGCUGCUCUUUGCUGUGUCAGAGCCUCAUGCAAACCUUGGCAAUAUAACCUUGUUAAUUGUUAUAUGCAGCCGGUCAGUUCCCCAUUCGUUGGACAGCUCCUGAGGCAACCGCAUCAAAUUACAGCGCCGUCUCCUCAGCAGACGUCUGGUCUUUCGGCGUUCUCAUGUACGAAGUUCUCAGCUAUGGCAGCCUGCCCUAUACCGGUAAGCGCAAUUCCAGUUUCUCUGGCUGUGUUUUUCUUGUCGACCUUGUUUGACGCAUGGGUAACAAUCGGGAGAGGGCACCCAAAUAUCCGUUACCUAGGAAUAAUACCUACUAUGUCUAUUUUAGUAGGUUAUAGUCCUACAUAUUUGUUGUUUCAUCCGACCUCAGUAUUCUUCUCGUCCUCAUCACAGAUUUAUCUGACGAUGAAGUACUAGGCUACGUGGAGAGCGGUGGGCGACUGGAGAACCCCUGUAAACCAGAGUGGCUCCUGCGAACGGAUCUGUACAACGUGAUGACGCGUUGCUGGAACACCGAACCGAAGAGUCGACCCACUUUUCAGGCGCUUCAACAGGAGUUAGUUUUUACUACCUGA